AUGCUUUCCAGGUCGGUGAUCACCUUGCAAAGGGAUGCUCUGAGACAGUAUUAUUCACAUUAUGUGACGCAACAGAAGUUCAAGGAGACGAUGAGCCGUAUAUCGAACCAGGUGAUGAUUCUCACGACAUCAAGCAUGAAGGGCGUGACCCUGGGGAGCGCCACAUCUCUUGCGCUGCAACCGCGCCCGAUGAUCCAGUUCAACCUUCAACUGCCGAGCUUCACAUCGCAGGAGCUGCAUAAACGGCGCAAGUUUGCGCUGCACCUAAUGGCGCCUACCGAGCAGAGCGUCAAGCUGGCGCGACUGUUUAGCAAAGGCGCGAUCCGACGGCCCGACUCCGGCGUGAUGCCAACGAGGCCCUUUGAGGCGCUGGCCGCGGGCGCCGAUUUCGCAUUACACAAGACGAGCGCGUCCACGGGCGGCUCACUGGAGCCUGUGGUAGAGGAUGAGAUCUUGGACCACGGGCUGGACAAGCCUGCGCUGGGUGCGCGAACUGUGGAGCUUCCGGUGCUCGCGAGCGCAGAGCGCGUCCUCAUCUGCGAAUGCAUUCGAUGCUUCCGAGUGGGAGAUCACGAGAUAUGGGUAGGAAUGGUGGAGGAGAUCCUCAGCCCUGCUAACAAUGCUCCAAACAGCGCAGUAACGGGUGGUUUAAUGUACUGUAAUCGGCAAUUCUUCAAAAUUGGUUCGCCCAUCGAAUGA